AUGCCUCUCUUCAUCUGCCACUGCCCUGACUACCCCAACAACCUCGAGACGCGUCUCGCCAACCGUCCCGACCACCUGGCCGCCAGCGUCAAGGACAAGGAGGCUGGUAACUCUGUCUUCGGCCGUGCCUUCCUCUCGAACGAGGUCUCGACCCACACCGCCGGCUCGCCCCACGCCGACCAGCCCAAGGGCAUGGCCGGCUCGGUCAUGAUCUACCGCUACCCGACCCUCGAGGAUGCCUGGGCCCGUAUCAAGGCCGACAAGUACUGGACCGGCGGCGUCUGGGACAAGGAGAAGGUCACCGUCGAGGAGAUCAUUGGCAACCCCAUCGACGAGACCAUCAAGGUCCAGUAA